UUUGAAGCACGUUAGACGAAAUCGCACGGGUGCGUCGAGCAGGCCCGUUGAGCCACCGCGUCUCCAUUCUUUGCAUUUAUUUCUUUUCGUUUAUCUCAUAUUAUUACGUACGCGAAAGACGGUACUUGAGAAAGAGACAGAAAAAAAGAGGAAAAAAAAAUUACAGCACUCGCGUUCGAUCGAGCGCAAGGAACGCAAAUUCGUGCAUGUGACUCGGCGCAACGAGGGACUCCGCAGAAGCAUCUACGAGAGUUCGAUCGCCGGGGACCAUGAGACCCGCGAAAAGCUGGGCCCCUCUGGCAGCGACCGUGCUAGCCGCAACGGCCCUGCUGUUGAGACCGAUCCACGCUGAGGCGCCAAUUUCGGGCAACUAUCUACCACCCUCAACCAGUUACGGCACCCCUAAUCUAGGAGGUGGUGGUGGUGGCGGCGGCGGCGGCGGCGGCUAUUCCGGCGGUAGCAGUGGAGGAAUAUCGACGAGCUACGGUGCACCUUCGAGCGGCGGUGGCGGAUUCGGCGGGGGUGGUGGAUUUGGCGGGGGUGGCGGAGGUUACUCCGGAGGUGGUCGACCUUCCUCGACCUACGGAGCGCCGAGUCAAGGUGGCGGUGGCGGCGGAUACUCCGGUGGCGGCAGAACGCCGUCGUCCAGCUAUGGAGCACCGCCUUCAUCAAGCUAUGGAGCACCCCCGUCAACGAGCUACGGGGCACCAUCCAGCGGUGGCGGCGGCGGCGGCGGACUCGGGGGUGGUUUCGGCGGAGGAGCUCCUUCUAGCAGCUAUGGAGCGCCUUCCGGCAGUUAUGGGGCGCCUAGCUCUGGCGGAGGAAGAGCACCAUCCUCUAGUUAUGGAGCCCCGUCCCGUCCGUCCAGCAGCUAUGGGACGCCAUCCGUAGGACGUCCAUCUUCAACCUAUGGUGCGCCUUCCAGCGGAGGCGGCGGAUUCGGCGGGGGUGGUUUUGGUGGUGGCGGCGGCGGCGGCGGCUUCGGUGGCGGUAAACCGUCCUCGACCUACGGGGCACCUUCCGGUGGUGGCGGCAGACCAUCGUCCACGUAUGGCGCGCCUUCCGGCGGUGGCGGUGGCGGCGGCUUCGGUGGCGGUUUUGGCGGUGGAGCCCCUUCUUCGACCUACGGAGCGCCUUCUUCGACUUAUGGCGCACCCUCUACGAGUUAUGGAGCACCGCAGAGUGGAGGCGGUGGCGGUGGCAGACCUUCCACUGGCUAUGGGGCGCCUAGUUCCGGCGGCUACAGUGGUGGCGGUGGAUUUGGUGGCGGUAGAUAUUCCGGUGGCGGCGGAGCGCCGUCCUCUACUUACGGUGCACCUUCGGGAGGUGGUGGCGGAUAUUCCGGCGGUGGUGGAAGACCAUCAACGUCUUAUGGUGCUCCAUCCGGUGGUGGCGGAUUCGGAGGCGGUUCUGGUGGUUACUCUGGAGGCGGCGGAGGCGGAGGUGGAGGUGGCAGGCCAUCGUCGACCUACGGUGCACCGAGCUUUGGCGGCGGCGGCAGUGGUGGCGGUGGUGGACAGAGUUAUGCCAGUAACGGGGGAUACCAAUACUAAUCCAGACACGUGUUCACCCGACGAAACGAUCUCUGUGCUCAAUCGCGUCGGCUUCCAUCAAGUUUCUCAGAUUGGACGUCAAGAGUCAUCGGUUCGAUUGAUCUGUAUAUCAGGAAACGGGCAUCGAUCGCCCGUUACCGAGGGGCCA